AGGUCUUUGUCACUGAAUAUUACUUUUAUUGUAAGAAACACGUUUUUGUGGUCAUUUCGCUGAACACCAUUAAUGCCGUAGCUCUGGUUUGGAAGAAGAGUACCAGUGAACAAUGUCGUCAGCAGGCCACGGCAUGGAUUUACGCCUGCUGAAGGAGAUGCUGGAGUGUGUGGGCAGUCUGAACGGCUCGGCGGUGAACGGGACGGACAUCACUAACUCCACCUGUGGCCGCGAUGUCCUGCUGCCCAAAGCGCCAAACUCCAAACCCAAAGAAAUGGAUUCAGUGAGGAUACUGCUGUACUCUCUCAUCUUCCUGCUCAGUGUCUUCGGCAACCUGCUGAUCAUUGUGGUUUUGGUUGUGAAUAAGCGCAUGCGGACGGUCACAAACUCCUUUCUUCUCUCACUGGCUGUGAGUGACCUGAUGAUGGCUGUGUUCUGCAUGCCCUUCACAUUCAUCCCCAACCUUCUGGAGGACUUUAUCUUUGGAGCUGCAAUGUGCAAGAUUGUUGCUUAUCUAAUGGGGAUCUCCGUCAGCAUAUCCACCUUCAGCCUAAUGGCCAUAGCCAUUGAGAGAUACAGUGCUAUCUGUAACCCUCUGAAGUCCCGAGCCUGGCAGACUCGCUCCCAUGCGUACAAGGUUAUUGCUGUGACCUGGGUCCUGUCAUUCCUUAUCAUGACUCCAUACCCAAUCGUCUCCACGCUGGUUAACUACACCAAACCCAACAACACCAUCACAAGACACAUGUGCCGCCACGACUGGCCCAAGGACCAGGUGCAGCAGGCUUGGUGCAUCCUGUUGCUUUUAAUUCUUUUCUUCAUACCUGGAGUGGUGAUGAUCACAGCGUAUGGGCUUAUUUCUCGAGAGCUCUAUCGUGGAAUACAGUUUGAGCUGGAGCAGAAGAAGGGCCAGUGUGGACUGAAGAAUGGUGCUAGUGCUGCUGUCUCAGCUGGCAGUGAUGAUGGAGAUGGUUGCUAUAUCCAGGUAUCAAAGCGACCCAACUCCAUGGAGAUGUCCACCCUCACCCUAGCCAGCUCUACCAAGGUGGACCGCCCUCGGAGCAAUACUUCAGAGACCAAACUGAUGGCCAAGAAACGCGUGAUCCGCAUGCUGAUUGUCAUCGUGACCAUGUUCUUCAUCUGCUGGAUGCCCAUAUAUUCUGCUAAUACAUGGAGAGCCUUCCAUCCAGCCUCAGCCCACAGGGUUCUCUCCGGAGCCCCCAUCUCCUUCAUUCACCUGCUGUCUUACACGUCUGCUUGCGUCAAUCCCAUCAUCUACUGCUUCAUGAACAAGCGUUUUCGCAAGGCACUGCUGACCACCUUCUCAUGCUGCUGCAGGCCACGCCGUCCACGAGGCUUCAGGGAGGGAGAUGAUGAUGUCACUGCUACCGGGGCAUCAGUAUCCAAAUUCACCUACACCACCAUCAGCACCAUGGGGCCAUGAUGAAUCCUAGGAUAUAGCCUGAGGUAGCUGGGUCCUGAAUGGCCAUCUAACCUCUAUGAGACAGUGGAAAGGUUCAGUGGAUGGAUGUGAAUGAAUGGCCUGGUUUCAUGCAGAACUCUGAGGACUGGUCAGCUUCUCACAUCAACAAGAACGGGCUAUGGGCCAAGGUUUGAUUUUGCAGUGAGUGAGAUGUUGCUCCCUGAGGUUAACUGUGUAGCAGUACCAGAAGUAUCAGCAUGCUAUUUCGUCAUUCAGUAUUUGGUCAUCUGUGAUUGCCCAUACAUGUGCAGUAUAUUCCUGUACGUAUUUUAAUGUGUACAGUAACUUUCUGUUGUGCAUUUUAAGUGCCUGCGUAGUAUUGUGUUGUUAUUUUCAAUAUUUCUUAUGUGCUCAGUGGGCUAAACAGCUGUUAGUAUUUUGCAAGGAAGUAUGAUUUAUAGGUAAUGAGUUAAGACAAAUAACUCAUGAAAAGGGACCCAAACACAAUGUCACAGGUGUACGCUUGAAAAAGAUAUCAGCUUGUGCUGUGACUUUGAAAAAACUUUCUUGGGGGGUGGGGGUUGGGGGGGAAAGAAAUCAUCACAGGGCUAACUUGGGCUAACAUUUUUUUUUUAGAAGUUGAUAUUUGUUGACUUGUUAUUUGAGAAAGUAACAGUGUGUAUAAAGAUUUUAGUGCAAAGGAUGGAGUAGGCCAGCUGCCAGACUGUGAGAUGGAUUUUGGAGUCUGCCCCCUCACCCUCACGCUCUUAUUCUCUCUACAAACCAACGCAGAGCAGGGGAGUCACUGUUUCUCACUGUUUCUCUGCUCGUUUUGUCGAAGUCGCUCUGCCCUUCGCUGGCUGUGGCUCAUCCAUUCCAGUGAUUCUAAUAGCUGUUGACCUCUGUGUUGUGGACUUGUGGGUCACGCUAAACUCGUCCAGAGCUGUCACAUGGCCACAGGCUGAUUUAUAGCUCCUUUUGUGCUUUUGAGUGCUCAGACAUUACAUAUCGCUAAACAACUUAAAACACUCACAGACCUGCUCCAUCCAAUAUAGUGCACUCAAAAAAAGGAAGAAAAGAAAAAAAGAAAAGCCUGAAUUUUCUAUUGUGUUACUUUCUCAAUUCUCUCUCACAGAAAAGAGAGAAUGAAGAUAAAGCAGAGGCACUCUCUUUAAUGCUCAAGCCAUGCCAGGAAAGCAAGAUGGGAGAUUAAAUGUUCAGUUGCUGAGACGUUGGGUGCUGGUCAGUGUAGUGCAGUAUACUGAGCUACAGAGCUAUUAUGUAAAGAAUCCUUUUAGUCAAUUGACUUCUUCUCUCAUUCAUUUGCAUGACACUUCAUUCACUCAUAUAAAGUGUUUCCAAAGAUUAUGUCUACAUAUGCAGAUGAAAUUCAUUCAGAACAUGAUUCAAAUUGCCUCUAAAGUGCACAAUGUACUGUUUGAAAGAUGAAUGUGGAAAAGAGCAAAAGCUACAAAGAUAAAUAGUUCAUUACUUGAAAAGUGCUGCUGGCACAGUUGUGUUAAAAUAUAUAGAAAAAGCCCACAAGUACAUUGAAAUAAUCCACUGAUAGAUGUUUAACUGAACCUCUUUUAAUUUAUUUCUUUACAACACUAUGUCUUUAUAGCAUUUUACAGAACAACUAUAGUGUUAAUGAAAGUGAAAUGAUCACCAGCAUUACCACCGUUCAGGUAGUUACAAUCUAAACAAUGCAUGCUUUUUGAAAAGCAGGUAAGCGUAUAUGUUCACCAGAUUUAGGCCUGUGCCAGGUGACAGUUUAACCGAGUCUCCAUUUAUGGGCUGGCUUUAAAACAAAAAACAAGACACAACAAACAAAAAAAAACAUUGUCAUAAAUCAGUGAAUUAGAAUUUAAUGCAAACCAUAGCAAGACACUAACAUUCCCACACGUGAACUGAAUUUUUAAACAUGUUGAGUGAUGUGAUAUUCUAGAUAUUCUACAACCAAAAGAACAGGUGAUGAAACACAGUGAUAAACAUUCCCCUGACCCAACUUUUCUGAAAUGUUUUGCUGGCAUAAAAUUCUAAAUGGGCACAUAAUUUUCAAAACAUGAUUUUCAUAUCACUGCACUCUAUUUUUCUGUGUCCCAAACUCUUUGAAAAUGGGGUUGUAUAGGUCAUAAAAAUACAAAAUAAUUGUCCCUUCUCUAAUGUCCACCAUCUUUUUUUCUUUCUGUUGCUUUUCUCUCUCCUUUCUCCUACCUCCCAGCUGUUUCCUCCUUUACUCUACGCUCAUUCUACAAGUCUGUUUAUUUUCCCUCGGCUAAGCACGUUUCGCUAAUCAAUGAGCAUCUGCUGUCUGCGGCUGUUUUUCCGCUGAACAGUGAAAACAGCUUACUCACACACUUCCCCAGGCUCCUCUCUGCAAGCACGGCUCUGAUUACGGUCCAGCGAAAUAACAUGGCACAAACCACGCACAUUCCUGCAUUCAAGUCAUGGAGUUCGGCCUCUCCAGCUUGCACUAAUGUCUCUGUCAGGCCUGUAUCCGCAUCCCCGGAUAUGUCACUCAGUGCUUGGAUUAGGAGUUUUUAUUCUCGUUCACACCCAGAGAUUAGUCUGCAGGGACAAAGUGACAGCAGCUAUAUUCUUUGCUGACACUUCCAAACAAGUUUCACCAAAGCUUUAGACAGGUAUGUGUAAUAACAGUAACACAUGAGAAAAUGUCUGAGCACCACUGUACAGUUUUUAUCCCAAUGGAGAGAAAAAAAAAACUCUUUGUUCCACUGACAAAGUUGAUUGUGAUUGACAUUGUGAGUAAUGGCUGCUUACUGUAGCUGCAUGUUAAUAUUUUAUUGUGGCUGAGUAAAGGGUAAGCUCAAUGGAUGCAGUUUAGUAUGACAUUUAGGAGCACAUUGUCUUCAGCAUUACGUCAGCGUGACAUUAGGCGCACUCAUUAUCUGUGGUAUUAGCACAAAAGGAAUUCAAUAAAGUAGAACCAUAGCCUGGUCAAUGUUAUUGCCCUGAGCAAUCAUACCAUUGCUUGUUGGUCUGAGAUUAGACAAACCUCAACAUGCACACAUGUAUCUCCUUUGAGAAGUCUUGAGGUGUGUGACUCCUGCCAGCUGUACAUUAACAUAUAUAUUCAUGCAGAGGGUCCCAAAAGCAGAUGUACAGGCAUACGGGAGUAGCUGAGAUAAAACGUGAUUGAUCAUUAAAUGUCAUAACUUGUGA